ACAACUGCAGCAAGUUCAUGGACAGGGAGAGAGAGAGAGCGUUCUGCAGCCCGCUAGCAGUUUUUGUUCAGAUCCAGGGAUGUCUUAUCUGGUCACUUCUCUCUAUGGUGGUCCCUUAGAGUUUACGUUUAUCGUGCAAAGCACAGAAGACCCUGCUUAUCGGGCUGUAUCUAUGCUACUAUCAGAGCUUAAGGACGAGGUUGAUGUUAAGAUUGUUGUGGCUGGUAUUUCAACAACCUGCGGUCAGAAAAUUCACAACCAAUUGCAAAAAACCUUGCGGCGAGCAAACAGGCACAACCAAUUCUGCCAGAAUUGCUGGAGAAUUCCACAACCAAGGUCAUCGAGUACGGCCGGAAGCAUGUUGAGGGUCGAGAUGGCGAAAGCACCAAUGUUGGCAAGAGCUGCGACCCCUUUUCAAGAAAAGCCAAAGACAUUCUCGACGAUGAUGAUAAUGGAGUUCAGGAUUAUGAUUCAUCCCGAACAACAAGGAUGGAUAUGCUGUCUAUGCCAACAAGGGGGUAAGUGGUGCUGUUUAGGGUUUAACUAUUUGAUUUCACAGAUUCAUUUCAGACACGGUUGGUCACGGACAUGGGGAGAAGAGCACUUUGGAAAUGGUAAGGUGCACAAAUAUGGAAAAGGCACGACAGGGGAAAGCUGGGAUGUUGUUGGGGAUGAGGAGACCUAUUACGAGUUGAUUCACAUUCAUUCUGUUUACUCGAGAAGGUCCAUUUCUUGAAAUAGCUUGCAUCCUUAUUGCUGGUCUGACAGUCAUUCUGUGGCUAAUUGUGGUUGUCUCAGAAUGCACGGGCUAAUUGUGGUUGCAUCCUAGCUAGCUACGAAGGGUCUUUAGUCUUAGCCACGACUUGUACGAAGGACUGUUCCCAGUUCCUGGUGGGGUUGUGAAUAUGACUAUACAGAUGGCCUACAGAUGGACUAGCUUCUUAAAUGGCAGUAUGUAUAGUUCAACCCUUCUUAUCAUCUUUGAGUAAGAAAAAUCAAAGCAUUAAUUAUUCUGCAUGAGUUUUCAUGCGUUCACGAUCAUGUGAAUACAUCAGAAUUUUUGGCCAAA